GUGACCCACCGAAGUGCUCCUGCCCUCGGAGGAGGCCCAGCACACAGAAGAACAGCGGAGCUCACACAACGACUGCAGUGCUUCUGGGCGUUUCUGGACCAGAAGUUCUCCUCACAGAGAAGGACACAGCAGACAGCAGGCACCAUGGAGCCCCCGGCAGGCCCUGCAAGCACGAGGCAUGUCCCCUGGAACAGGCUCGUCCUGGCAGGUACUAAUGUCUGGAGCCUGGUCCUGGCCCUGGGUUUCAAGCAGGAUCAGACAAGCCCCUGCCCUCACGGAGCCCGCGCUCUGUGGGGAGGAAGACAGACGAGCAGAGAGAUGGAGAGCGUGCUGGCAGGUGCUGCAGGCGUCACGCAGGAAAGGGAGCGGGGAAGGGUCAGCAAGUGAGCACCGAGGGUCUUUACAGCAGCUGGUCGGGGGGAGGGGCAUCUCCCAAGAGGCCCUGAGUGUGAGCAGGCGUGUAAGGGCAGCGAGGGAGUGAGCCAGGGGACAGCUGGGGAAGCAGAGGAAAAAACGAGCCCAGAGGGACUGAAGUGAUGGGGGUCAUGCUGCUGACCUUGAACCAGGAGGACACACACAUACAUACACACACACACACAUACACACACACAAACACACGUACACACAUACACUCACACACUAAGGCUGAGGGAUGAAGAGACCUGCUCAGGACCCAGGGCACCAUUUUCCCAUCCCCCACACAGGUCACAAUAUUAACUGGUCUCUCUCUUCCCUCCUAAUCUCACUCUCAACUUUCUGGACCCCGCCCACCACUGCCCAGCUCACUAUUGAAACGGUGCCCCCCCCCCCCCCCCUUGCUGCAGAAGUGUCGGAUGUUCUUCUACUUGCCCACAAUGUGACAGAGAAUCCUCUAGGCUAUGCCUGGCAUAGAGGAGACAGGGUAGACAACACCCAGCUAAUUGCAUCAUAUAGAGUAGACACUAAUGUAACUACCAAAGGGCCUGCACACAGCGGACGGGAGACACUUUACCCCAACAGAACCCUGUUAAUCCAGAACGUCACCCAGAAAGACACAGGAUCCUACACGCUGCUCCUUACAAAGGAUGAUUUACAGACAGAAGGAAAAACUGGACACCUCUGCAUAUACACGGUGCUACCCACACCCGUCAUCACCAGCAACAACUCCAACCCCAGGGAGCACAAGGACACUGUGGUGUUAACGUGUAGAUCUGAGACUCGGGACAUCUUCUACUUCUGUUCGAUCAACAAUCAGAGCCUUCACAACAGCACCGAGCUGGAACUGUGCGAGGGAAACAGGACUCUCACUAUGUUCAAUGUGACAAGGAAUGACACAGGACCCUAUGUGUCUGAAGCCGGGAAUCCAGAGAAUACCACCCAUGGUGACCCAUUCACCCUGAAUGGCCUCUGCCAAGAAAACAGCCCAGCCCUCAAUAGGGAGAUCGUUAUCGUCAUCAUGAUUGGGAUCCUGGUUAGGUUGGCACUGGUGAUCACUCUGGAGUGCUUUGUUUUCCUCAAGAUGGCUAGAAGGUACAAAUGGCGAUGCCCGAUGCUAAUCCUGUCCCCCAGGCUGACGCCAAGCCAGGAAGAAAGACACCCUACCCUUGGAUUCUGGGCCUGGCUCUCCAAGGCCUCCCCACUUCCCCCAAGGACAUUCUGUCUCAUCCAUCGGCCCCUCCUUCACCAGAUGCUGACCUGGGGUGGCUUCCCAACACCUUCUGCAUCUGUAAAUAAGGAAAUGGCAACCCACUCCAGUAUUCUUGCCUGGAGAACCCCAUGGACAGAGAAGCCUGGAGGGCCACAGUCCACGAGAUCCCGAAGAGUUGGAUGCGACUGUGCUUCUGACCACAUACAUACGCACUCCCUGUUUAGAAAAGGGCCAGUGGCCAGAAUGACCUCAGAGAGCACCAGCCUCCAGCAACCACCCUGGGCCUCCCUACCCAGCCCCAGGGCAGCUGUUCCCAUCUAUGAGGAAUUACUCUAUCCCAACACAGAUAUCUACUGCCAGAUCGACCCCAAAGUAGAUGUGGUUUCUUAGUUUGCUCCAGGAACUUCCCCUUAAGGGCUGUGGAGAAGAGCCCACCUGAGACCCCAGAGUCUGAGUGAGGUCAGACACCCAAAGCAGAGAAACAGCUGUGACCCCUGAAGAUACUGGGGGGCCUGGGCUCAGCCUUAGUGUCCCUCCUGGCCUUCUGGAGGCCCUGACAAGGCUGCCCUGAGCCCUGGAUGGAUGAAGACAAGGACUUCCAUUCCCCAAGGAACUGAGGGCUUCCAAGGAAAGUGGCUGGGCCUGUGACCCACUGUGGACCACCUGAGAGGUCUGAAUAAAGAGGACUUUCCUCUCGUUUGCUCUUUUUGUGCACAUGGGCUCCUCCCACCUAAAACUCACCCAGGUUCCACAGCAGUGGGCCAAAUUGUCUCCUCGAUGUGACCCACGGGCCUCCUCCCACCUGGGCCUCAUCUGCAGCCCCCUCCACACACCUGAAGAACUGAGGUCACCUGGGAAGGGUGAUCUUCCCUUGUAAGUUCACAUGGGUCAGUUUACCCACAUUCACCCAAACAAAAGUGGUCUGUGCACUAAGGCACAGAGCCCAGAGUUCAGGAGGAUGUUCGGCCAUUGCCUGAGUGUUGUUUGUUAUGAGAUAAGAGACAGUUACAAAACCUGCUAAGUUUCACAUCAUGAUUUGGCUCUAAGAUACUCCUUAUCUCGCAUGCACACAAUGUUGGGUUCGAGAAGGUGACACCUCUUGUUGUUUCCUAUUGCUGCUGCAGCAACUUAGCACAAACCUGUGGUAUAAAACAACACAAAUGAAGAUGUCAACACAGCUCUGUUCUUUCUGGAUGGUCUAGGAGAGAGUUUGCUUCCUUGCCUUUCCAAGCUGGGAGAGGCUACCUGUUUUCCUUGGCUUGUGACCCCUUCCUCCCUCUUCAAAAGUCAGCAGUGGAGUAUCUUAAAGUCAUGCUCUGCUUCCAUCAUCACAUCUCUUUCUCUGGCUCUGCCUAUCCUGCCUUCCUUUUUCUUUAUAAGGACCACCCUUGUGAUUAUGUUGGGCCCAAUCAGAUAAUUCACCAUAAUCUCCUAAUCACAUGAUCCUUAAUUUAUAAAUUCCCUUUAUCUUGGGACAUCUGCAGAGAUUCUGGGUAUUAAGAUGUGGACAGGGACUUCCCUGGUGGUCCAGUUGAUUUAGAAUCUGUCUUGCAAUGCAAAGGACAUGGGUUCAAUCCCUGGUCGGGAAACUUAAGAUCCCACUUAAGCCACCUAAGCCUGCAUGUGACAACUACU